AUGGCUGCUACUAAAGGCUUGUUUGAAUACCAUCCAAAAUGUAAGAAGGUUGGCCUCACUCACAUUUCUUUUACAAAUGACCUACUUAUCUUCUAUAAAGGAAAUAUUGAAUCUGUUUCUGGAGUCAUUAGUGUCCUGGACCAAUUCUACAAAAUGUCUGGUCUUAAACUUAAUGCUUCCAAAUGUGAACUUUAUACUGUUGAAAUUUCUUUCAGAAACCUUGAGCAUAUUUUACAAUCCACAGGAUUCAAACAUGGUUUUUUGCCAGUUAUUGUUAACAAGAUUGAACAACUUUGCUCUAUAUUUUUCUGGAAAGGUACUGAUAAAGCCGCCACUGAAGCCAAAGUCAGUUGGCAAAAAAUCUGCCUAGCGAAAUCUGAAGGAGGACUCGGAUUAAAAGAUAUUAAAACAUGGAACAAAGCAUGUAUGAUACAACUCAUCAGGAACAUCCUCGCGGGAGAGGGAUCAUUGUGGGUAGCUUGGAUCAAAAGCUAUGUUGUUAAAGAUGCAAACUUUCUGUUAGUGGAUGAUAUAGCAAAUUUUAGCUGGUGUAUCAGGAGCUUACUUAAACUAAGGGAAGUUAUAAUCCCUGUUUUAUCUACAGGAGCUACGAAGACAAAAGAUUUCUGGAAAGAACUACGGGUAAAAUGA